CUGUGACACAAAUCUGGAGAUGGCGCUGUCAAUAUGGCCUCUGAGUCUAAAAGUUUGCCCACCCCUGGCGUAGGGGCUCACAGGUUGGAGUCGGGACCAACGAGGAAGCUAGUGCGCAGAUUAGGCAGAAAAUAAUCCGGUUCGCGGUAAUCAAGGGGUUAAGAAAGUUUGUGGUAGUUUCCAGGCAAAAGAUCUGGGCAGGCCGCAGUCAGUCGAAGUCAGGAGUCAAAUCAGGAAGGUCCAGAGCCAGAAACCAGUCGAUUAGGAAUUAUAUCACACCCAGGAACACUCCAGAGUUGAACCUAUAUUUCUGCAUUGAUUUGAGUUCUCAACGCAUAUUUACUUUGAAUUUUUGUGCCAAGUGCGACUCGAUGAUGUCAUGCGCGUACUCACUGAUGUCACCAUGCCGGCGCUGUGACCCACGUGUCAGCCAUGGGUGCUGCUAUUUUGUAUGCGGCGCCAGAGAAGAGAGGAAAACUCGUCGGGUACUCCUUUUUUCCAUUCUAUCUCCAUUCAGUUAGUUCAUUUAGUUGGAUCUUCUUCUUGAAGUUGUUUCUCUGCCAACACACUAUAAUAACAAUAUUUUCAUUUUCUAGAAUUGACUGAGAUGUAAGAGCAGUAAUGAUGAGGUUUAUUCUUUUUUUUUUUUUUUUAAAUUACAUAUUUCAUUUUUACCCAGGUUAGUUACGGAGCUGUGGAUCCUGCAUUCAGUGACAGAAUCCGCUUCCCAUUAUUCUAUCGAACAGUGCCAAGUGAAACUGCCCAGUACCAAGUAAUCAUCCAGCUCAUCAAGGCUUUUAAUUGGAACUGGGUAGGGAUGAUAUCCUCUGAUGAUGAGACGCACCAGAAAGCCAGUGAAGAGAUGAAGGAUGAGAUCAUUAAGAAUGGAAUCUGUGUAGCUUUCCUUGUACAGAUAAGUGAAAUAGAUGGUACAAGUUUUUACUUUGCUUUGCAAGCAAUAAGGCAGGCAAAUGCCAGUGUUGUCAUAGUAAAUAGCAGAGUGGUUGUUUUUCUGCUUUUUCUUAUCCAUCUAAAUGACUUAUCAAUUAAGGUGGUGUGGCUAAUGCUGUCCCCUUUGGCAUCAGCUUUAGAGGGACUAUAUAAUAAUGAGUUUAAUGGAUCCCUUGCUAUACUCUUUCAUCAAGGAAACAUUCAAGGACUAAGAGAUUUCCUUUACAAGGCUGAUCCUUCAAGGUUUCCUAAAGACCCAUUUACUGCUGCAGUUUGGUUUCAGGUGUUUGGUUGCCGCUCUGAACAAGCCUUUCCUAAGACUUUAUUCAAAUCCUACCGUAUAUGUAAUGCCAAUGAUACACUAAGGCAAUAUGAGCAUUAUGGAUAUGAUGUGAAUUAUUUCAGAUUAACAUACAGUAUGUACAUUGCUGUAUAUGCUGUGGCCCAUGCUCUCCAUAUGGAUAAAGCCAGCGGUGGAACUAUCAUGUAUUCUGAUAAAACAACAAAUGGACUGAAGCCAACACAGUUAAACAAUCACCUCAAGAAAAUUCAUUUUAGAACUGACUCUGGGGAUGAAAUUUUCUUUAAUGAGAAAGGAGAAGUUCUGGGGCAUUUUGAUAUAAUAAACUGGAACAUUUUCCAUAAUGGAACAGUGACUACAAGACAUGUUGGGACCUUUAUUUCAUCUCAGUCUCCAGGACUCGCCAUUGACAAAGAGGCCAUCCUUUGGGCAUCUCAUUUUAAUGGGAUCCCAAUCUCAAGGUGCAGUGCCAGCUGUCUCCCUGGUCACAGAAAAACCUUUGUAGAAGGAAAACAAGUUUGCUGUUAUGAGUGUGUUCAGUGCUCAGAAGGAGAAAUAUCCCCAUUGCCAGACAUGGAAAAUUGCAUGAAAUGUCCAGAAGACCAAUGGUCCAAUGCAAGUAGAGAUAAAUGCACCAUGAAAGCCAUUGACUUCCUGUCUUAUAAGGAUCUUCUUGGAGUGGCUCUAACAACCACUGCUCUAGUUCUGUCUUUUUGCUCAGCUGCAGUUUUUUGCAUCUUCUUAAAAUACAAGAAGAGCCCCAUUGUGAAAGCCAAUAACCAGGAGCUCAGUUACAUUCUUCUUCUUUCCCUCAUGCUAUCCUUUCUUUGUUCCUUACUAUUUAUUGGAAGGCCUACAAAGGUCAUCUGUUUGUUGAGACAAGCUGUGUUUGGGAUCAUCUUUACUAUUUGUAUUUCUUCUAUCUUGGGGAAAACCAUUACUGUUAUUAUUGCCUUCACUGCCACUAGACCUGGAAGCCUGCUCAGGAACUAUGUUGGUACCAGGGUCCCAAAAUACAUUCUUCUACUAUGUACACUUCCUGAGGUUUUCAUCUGUGCACUUUGGCUCAUAAUCUCCCCCCCAUUCCCUGACUAUGACACUCACUCUGCAACAGGAAAGAUCAUUUUGCAGUGCAAUGAGGGAUCACCUAGUGCAUUCUACAUAAUGGUUGGUUACAUUGCCUUGUUGGCUUUUGUGAGUUUCUUUGUUGCUUAUCUUGCCCGUAAAUUACCAGACAUAUUUAAUGAAGCACAAUACAUAACCUUCAGCAUGUUGCUGUUCUGCAGUGUAUGGAUCUCCUUCAUCCUGGCCUAUGUGAGCACCACAGGCAAAUAUUUAGCAGCGGUGGAGAUAUUUGCCAUCCUUGUUUCCAGUGCAGGACUUCUUGGCCUUAUAUUUGUCCCUAAGUGCUAUAUUAUAUCUUUUAAAACACCAGUGAGUACUAGAGCUCAUUUAAUAUAG